AGAAAUAUUAAAGGCAUCAUGGUGAAGCUUCCAGAACCAGCUGAGAUAACCUUAAAUCCAGAAUGCUUCCGUAAUAUGGUAAAUAUUGAAAUUUUCAUAAACCGCAAUGCAUCUCUAUGUGGGCACAUUAACUAUCUGCUCAACGCCUUAAGAUUGAUUGAUUGGGAUAGAUGUCAGUUACAAUCUUGGCCAGCCAAUUUUCAAGGAAAUCGUCUUGUUGUGUUCAGUAUGCCUCGCAGUCAUAUGAAACAAUUGGAUGGAUUUAAGUUUAAGCAUUUGACAAAGAUAACAUCUUUGAAUUUGAGGGGUUGUCAAUUCUUAGCAAAAAUCCCUGACUUAUCCGGAAUCCCAAACAUAAAGCGCUUGAAUCUAUCUAAGUGCAUACGUUUGGUUGAGGUUGAUGGUUCUGUUGGAUUCCUUGAUAAACUUGUUCAUUUGGAUUUUGGUGGAUGCUUCAAUCUUACAAGGUUUGGAACAAGACUUAGAUUGAAAUCUCUUAAAAUACUUGAUCUUAGUGAUUGCAAGAGUCUUGAGAGUUUCCCAGAAAUAGAAGUCGAGAUGGAAUCACUAUGGACAUUGAAUAUGCAAGGAAGUGGCAUAAGAGAAUUGCAUCCAUCAAUUGCAUAUCUUACUGGGCUUCGAGAAUUGGAUCUUGGUGGAUGCUUCAAUCUUACAAGGUUUGCAACAGCAUUUAGAUUGAAAUCUCUUAAACAUCUUGAUCUUAGGGAUUGCAAAAGGCUUGAGAGUUUCCCAGAAAUAGAAGUCGAGAUGGAAUCAUUAAGGAGGUUGGACAUAUCAGGAAGUGGCGUAAGAGAAUUGCCUUCAUCAAUUGCAUAUCUUACUGGGCUUUCUGACUUGAGAGCUGAUUAUUGUGAGAACCUUACCUAUCAAAAAGUGAACUCUCAAGUUUCAUCCAGAAACUCCGAAUUACAGCCGCUUCCCAACCUAUAUGAAUUUAGUCUCAAAGGAUGCAAUCUAUCAAAAAUUGAUUUCCUCCUGCCCCUUGAUUGCUGGUCCACAUUAACAGAACUUCAUCUAUCGGGAAACAAUUUUGUCAAUCUUCCGAUAUGUUUUAGCAAAUUUGUCAACUUGUGGAAGCUUGACUUGCGAUAUUGCAAGAAUCUUCUGGAAAUUCCAGAACAAGUGCUUCCACCAGGAGUAGAAUCAGUAUCGCUGAAUAACUGCACAUCAUUGGAAAAAAUUCCGAAACUGGCUUGGGUAUUGCUGGAUAACUGCACAUCGUUGGAGAAAAGUCCAGAUAUCUCACCGGGGGAUGAAUUGAAACUGAGUUUGACCAAUUGCGUUAGACUACGCGGCGACGACAUCACAGAAAAUAUUUUUCUGAAUCAGGUUUCUGUUUCUUCUCCGCAUUCUCAUUUUGACAUUCGUCUUCCAGGCAAUGAAGUUCCAAAGUGGUUCAGCUGUCGUAAAGAUGCAACACUAGUUAAAGGUGAUGAAGAGGAAUUCUAUGCUGGAUGUGAAGUUAGUUUUGAAAUUCCUCCAAAUUUAAAAUGGGAGACGUUAAGAUUGGUUCUAUGUGUUUUUAUUGGGGGUGUUGCCAAGAUUCUUGUCAAUGGAAAACUCGUCAAUGAGAGAUAUCUUGAAUUAUUGGAAAGUAGUCAUGUGUACCUCACGUCUAUUCCAUUAUUGGCUAGGUACACGUACGAGUUUGAAGAACCACUGACGAAGCAGGGUAAUACGUGUCAAGUUAUACUUCACUUGUUUGGCGAAGUGCCCUUUAAAAUGGCGCGCCCCAAAAUAGGCCUGGGCAUGUGA